AAUCACAUUACGAAACAUGCUGGUAAUUGCAUUAAAAGAUGUUUCUCAGUUUUACCCCAAUUUUAUUUUUUCUUUUAAACUGAAAGCGUGUCCUCGUGCGUGUGUGCGCUCUCGCUCUUACGCUGUUUCUGAUUGGAUGGACUUAAGUCAGACGCUAGCAGGUCCCCGAACUCUGAUUGGACAACUGUCCAGUUACCGCCCUAGGAUGACGCCGUCUCCAUGGUAUCCAAAAUGGCGACCCACGGAAAGCACCCCAUUUUGUCCUCCACACCCCUGCAGGUCCUCUUUUAUUUAAACAGCUGGUAUUUUGCUGUGUUCUUCAUCGCUGAGAUCUUAAUGUUUAUUUAUAAAGGAGUGUUGCUCCCAUACCCGCAAUCAAAUCUCAUACUUGACAUUGUGCUGCUUCUUCUCUACCUUGGCCUUGAAACCCUCAGACUGUUUUACGGCUGGAAGGGAAACCUGUGUGAGCGCACUCUGACGCUAUCCAUUAGCAUUGGUGUCCUGGUGCCUUGUACUGUGCUGAGUGUCUAUUAUCUGCUACUACAGACUUUUGUUCUUCGCCUCGAGUUUAUCCUCAACGCUGUAUUGCUGUGCUUCUAUGGUCUGGAGCUGAUUCUGGGUCUUAUAACCAUCUCAGCUUUUGCCAGGGCUGUUGUUUACUAGACCUGCAGGUGCUGAUGAAGAACAGUUUUGUGCGUUCCUUGGGUGUUAGCGGAUUUUCGGUGUGCCAAUGUAUCAUCACUACAUACAGUACAUACAGAGUACAGCACUUGGAUCUGCACGACUCUGCACACUGCUCCUUAACUGCUGUUAAAUAUUGGUUAUAUAAUGACCUUUGACUUUAUGACUUUAAGUCGUUGCAUUUAUUUAGUGUACACUUUCUUUUUUGUACAGAUAAAUGUGGUUUGUAUGGUGUCUUUUUGUAAUAAAAUAAAACUUUUUUUUUU